GUAUAAAUAUGCUCCACGCAGAGCAGUGGUAUAUCAAACAGUUUCUAGCCUUCCAAAGAAGCAAGACAACGAAAUAUUCCACCAUGUUCAAAUACGCCGUCGUCGUUCUCGCUCUCGUUGCCUGCGCUGCUGCCAAGCCUGGACUCCUGGGUGCUCCCCUGGCAUACACUGCUCCUCUGGCUUACUCUGCUCCUCUGGCCUACUCUGCUCCUGCUGCCGUGUUAGCUGCUCCCGCUCCAGUUGUGACAGCCACCAGUAGCCAGGUGAUCGCCAGGAACUACAAUGGAAUCGCCGCUGCUCCUGUGAUUGCUCCCGUUGCUGCUCCUCUGGCUGCUCCACUGGUGGCCAAGUACGCGGCUGCUCCUCUGGCUGCUCCAGUAGUGGCCAAGUACGCGGCCGCUCCUCUGGCUGCACCUCUGGCCUACUCCUCGCCAUUGGCUUACUCCGCACCACUGAGCUACGCCGCUGCUCCUGCACCAUUUCUCAUCUAAAUGUUUACGCUGUGAUUAUCUAGGACGAUAAAUGAAUAUAUAUAAACGCUUAUAUC